AUGGCACCCUAUGCAACAGCCACAAAAGGACGUGUCACUGAAUCAUCCCUUGCGACGGCCAAAGGAAGACCUGCCACUGAAACGUCCCCUGGGACAGCCAAAAAAGAUGUGCCACUGAACCCUUCCUCGCAACAACCAAAGGAAGACCUGCCACUCAACCGUCCCCUGGGAGAGCCAAAAGAAGAUGUGCCACUGAACCCUCCCUCGCGACGACCAAAAGAAGACCUGCCACUGAACCAUCCACUGGGAGAACCAAAAGAUGAUCUGCCACUGAACCUUCCCUUGGGACGGCCAAGGGAAGAUCUGCCACUGAACAGUCCCCAGGCACAGCCAGAAGAUGUGCCACUGAACUCUCCCUCGCGACGACCAAUGGAAGACCUGCCAAUGAACCGUCCCCUGGAAAGCCAAAAGAUGAUCUGCCACUGA